AUGACGCACCAUCUCAACUGGGUGUUCCCAGCCGACCGAUUCGCAGUGAUGAAAACCUUCCGUGAGGACGACUCCGUCUUCUACUGCAUGUCGUCGAUUGGGACGGAAGCAGCAAGAGCGACCAACUAUCUCAUCCCAGAUUGCAAAGCCAAUUAUAUCUUUCUUAAAGUCCAAAUACCCAGUUACGAUGCUGCCUACGACAUACUCGAGAAAAAGGGCGUCAAACUUGACCCAGAUUGUCGAAACGGCCUUCGAAACAGUCUCCUGGGCAUGACCGGGCAGUACCUUGAUAUUUUUGAACACACACAAGGAUCACAGAUUAAAAGACUUAUCGAGAGGAACGAAGAGGAGCUAAGGCUACAACAAGAUCUUAAUGAAUUUUAA